UCUUCCUUUUGUUCUUCUUCUCCAGCUCAACUUAGUUUUCUAUUGCUCAGGGCAAUUGUCACUAACUCCUACUCAGAUUUCAAAUCCACCGUUUUCUUUGAGAGGUUUCGCACUGGAGCGCGCAAGGUCAAUGUUGGUGCGUUUUCCAUUUCCUUCUUCGAAACAAUUGAAAGCACGAAAGACCAAGCCUUCUUCCGCAUCCCCUGCACCUUCUCCAGUUUAUUUAGCUCCCAGCAGUUCGCCUUCAGCACCACACCGUCAUCAUCAUCGUCACCGUGGGAAAGGAACACCCCAUGCUCUUUCUCCUGCCCCAUCAAAGGACACAGGAUGUGAUCAACUUUGCGUGGAGCCACUUACUGCAUCUCCAUUUGGUUCACCUUGUGGUUGUGUAUUUCCUAUGAAAGUCAGACUUUUACUGGAUAUAGCUCCUUAUUCUAUUUUUCCAGUAAUGAGUGAGUUGGAGAUUGAGGUUGCUGAAGGCACAUAUUUGGAACAAAGUCAAGUUAUAAUAAUGGGUGCAAGUGCUGACAGUCAAAAUCAAGGGAGAACAGUAGUGGAUAUUAACUUGGUUCCUUUAGGAGAGAAGUUUGAUAAUACCACUGCGAUACUGACAUAUGACAGAUUCAAGCAUAAGAAAGUGCCUCUCAAUCUAACUCUUUUUGGCAAUUAUGAAGUGUUGUACAUUAGUUACCCAGGAAUACCUUCUUCACCACCAUAUUUGAACGGGAAUGGACCGACCGGAAGUCCCCCAAACCUCCCUAUCACUGCAGAGUUUCCCAGAAAGAACCAGAGAAUGAAUAUAAGAACCAUUGCCAUUAUUGCCCUCUCUGCCUUUGUACUCCUAUUGGUUAUUAUUGGAGCAAUCUUGGUGUUCAUUAAAUGGAGGAGAGUUGGAAGACCAUCUAGUGCUGUCGGUCCUGUACGUGAAUCAUCAAUUCACAAAAGAUCUGGCAUUGGGUCUAUGUUAUCAAGUAGCAUUGCAAGCUCCACUUCAGUGUCACUAAUGUCCACCAUGGCUACCAGUAUUCUCUCUGUUAAAACAUUCCCGCGUUCCGAGCUUGAGAAAGCAACAAAUAAGUUCAGUUCUCAAAGGGUUUUAGGAGAAGGAGGAUUUGGACGUGUUUACCAUGGAACUAUGGAGGAUGGAACUGAAGUUGCUGUCAAAGUGCUUACCAGGGAUAAUAACCAAAAUGGAGACCGUGAGUUCAUUGCAGAAGUUGAGAUGUUAAGCCGAUUACAUCACCGUAAUCUUGUGAAACUGAUUGGGAUAUGUAUUGAAGGGCACGCACGCAGCUUGGUAUAUGAGCUUAUUCGCAAUGGCAGUGUUGAGUCCCAUUUGCAUGGUGUUGACAAGAAAAAGGGCCCUCUUGACUGGGAUGCACGGAUGAAGAUUGCCCUUGGGGCGGCAAGAGGAUUAGCCUAUCUUCAUGAAGAUUCUAAUCCCCGUGUUAUUCACCGAGAUUUUAAGGCUAGUAAUGUUUUGCUGGAAGAUGACUUCACUCCCAAGGUUUCUGAUUUUGGGUUGGCUAGAGAAGCAACUGAAGGAAGUCAUCACAUUUCUACAAGGGUCAUGGGAACUUUCGGGUAUGUUGCCCCAGAAUAUGCGAUGACAGGGCACUUACUUGUCAAGAGUGAUGUUUAUAGUUAUGGAGUUGUGCUGUUGGAACUUCUCUCUGGAAGAAAACCUGUUGAUAUGUCCCACCCUCAGGGCCAGGAGAAUUUGGUUACAUGGGCAAGACCGCUGCUAACCAGCAGAGAAGGUUUGCAGCAGUUGGUGGAUCCGGCCUUAGCUGGAACUUAUGACUUCGAUGACAUGGCUAAAGUGGCAGCCAUUGCUUCUAUGUGUGUUCAUCCUGAAGUCACUCACAGACCUUUUAUGGGUGAGGUUGUGCAGGCUCUAAAGCUGAUAUACAACGACACUGAUGAGACUGGUGGGGACUGCCAUAGUCAAAAGGAGUCUUCUGUCCCGGACUCCUUUAAAUGUGAUCUUGCCCCUUCUGAUAGCAGUUGGUGGAAUGCCGGUGGACUCACUCCCCGGUUAAAUUAUGGUCAAGCCUCUUCCUACAUUACAAUGGAGUAUAGCUCUGGUACCCUUGAAGACAUGGAAAACAGACCGUUUUCAGCUUCAAGUUUUGUCGGGAAUGAGGUAUCAUUACCAAUUAGACAUGGCAAUAGAUCAGGGCCAUUGAGAACCAUCCGAAACAAGCCGGCUUUUUACAAAGCAAGAGGCAGUAUGAGUGAGCAUGGAGGUCUGCUUGGAAAGCGGUCUUGGAACGAUGGAUUCUGGGUUUGAAGCUUGUUAAUUUUAUUUUAGAAUUUGUACAGUUCAAAAAGGACCGAGGCUUUUCAAGUAAGCCAUGGGUGUAGUUUAGAAGUUGAAAUUCCUGCCUGAGUCCCAUGUGUGGAGGAUGAGGAAAAAAAAAAAGAAGGAAAGAGAGGACAAUGGCUUCUAAUUUUGGAAUUCUUGAUUCAUUACAUACAAGUUGGAUGGAGUUGUAAGUUGGAUGCUACUACCUGUGUAUUAUCUCCCUUUUGGGUUCAAUGCCUUAUUGAUUGACAACUUCCCUUCUUCUAAAUUUGUGAGGUAGCAAGUCAUCUCCUGCUUGUAGCCAAAUAUAACUUAUCAGAUGAAAAAGAUGAAGAUAUGUCAGCUUCGGAACACGUAACCUUUCUUAAUCUGAAGUUCCAUACCAUUUUCUGAACACAUAACCAUUUGCUGUUUUUCCUGGAAAUUGGCGGCUUUGGUUGGAAAAUGGCAGACAUGCUGCUUUUGAAAGGGACCAAGUUCCUUGGGAUUGUUG